AUGCCGCUUGGUAUACUAGAUGAUGAUAAACUGGAACAUAUCCCAGGAACAGCACCGUUACAUGGCCUUCAUGAGACCGAUACUUACUCCGGCAUCAAUCCCAGUCUUCUGAAACACGAUUCCACAGGGCAGAUCGUGCUUGUUCCUCAACCGUCCGACUCGCCCAAUGACCCUUACAAUUGGCCCCGGGUCAAGAAAGAGCUUUUUACAAUCGCCUAUGGAUGGGGCUGUGGCUGCGUUGGGGCUGUCGGUCCACUCCUCGGUGGCGCAUUCGUCCCACUCGCUGCAGAAUUUGGGGUCUCGUUAUCGACGUUUGUUUCCGCCGUCCAGGGCGGCCUGAUUUCGGCUAUCGCUGUUGGAAGCUUGAUAUUCAAUUCCUUGGCUGUGAAAUACGGGAAGCGUCCGGUCUAUCUUGGAACAACUGUUGGCCUGAUGGUGUCAUGUUUUUGGGCGGCCGAAGCCAAAAGCUUUGAAUCAUUUGUCGCCUCAAGAGUCCUUUGUGGGCUCUGCAUGGCGCCUAUGGAGGCUUUGGUUCCGGCCUCCAUUGCGGAUAUCUGGUAA